CUCACAGUAGAGCUUAAUGGGAGUGUACACAAGUUAGCUGCUGCAGUCACACACAUGCCAGAAUCACACUAAGACACUUUCAUGCAGCUCUGCCUAGCGAUCCAACAUGAAGUUGUAUGUGAUUGUUACACUGUGUGUGCUGUUUACCAUCACCGAGCAGAUAUCUUUGUCUGAGAAGUGUGUCUGUGAAUUUGCACAAUCUGGGAAAACUUUCCCUCAUGACAAACUGGAAAGAGUUCAAGAUGCCGCUUCAGACUGCAACAGCAACCUUAUGCCACAGAAGACUAUAGAGCUGGAGAGUUUGCUCCUUGGUUUGGAUCGCCGUCUGCCUGUACUGGAGAAGGAUGUAUCGAUGCUGGAGAAAGAAGAUGAUGGAGAGCUCUACGGCGUUCUCAGCCUCUACGUCAUAGAGAACGAAAUGACUGAGAUCAAGGAGCUGAUUGACAAGCUCAACAGCACCAGGCUGGAACAGGAGCAUGUUACUGCUACGACAACUCAGCAGCUUCAGGACCUGAGAGAAGAGAUGCAGGAGCUAGAGACAUUUGACACAAUGCAAGUGGUGAAAAGACAACAAGCCAACCAACGCUUGAAGAGGGACUUGGAACAAUGCAAGAACGGACUUCAUCCCACCCACCAACCCACUGAGCCUCCACACGGUACUUGUCCCUAUGGUCAGUUUCUGAAUAUAAGUGAACCGAGGGUCUACACAGCAGGAGAGUAUCCUGGUUCAUACAAGUAUGGUGCCUGGGGUCGGGAUCCCAAACCAGAAGCAGGGAAGGAGAGUUGGUAUUGGCGGGUAAUAUUGACUUCCAGCAACAGAUACGCCCACUACGUCCGUUUCUACUCCACCUUGAGCUCUCUAAUCAUUGGGGUGAGCAUCCCUGGUAACGUCCAGAUCCACCCCUCGAAUCCAACUACCAACACCAUCCAAGGUCCAAAUAAUGUUCUGUAUGGAGGCGCUUUGUACUACAACUGUUACAACAAGGAUGCUGUUUGUCGUUUCAGCCUCACUUCCAAAAUUGUUACCACCUUAGAUCUACCCAAAGGAACCAGGUACAAUGCAAAGGGUAACUUCUGCAACCUUGAUGAAUGCUACCAAUGCACUGACCUGGACCUGGCAACAGAUGAGUCUGGUGUCUGGGUGGUCUACACCACCACCCAGGACUUUGGCAACUUGGUUCUCUCCAAGCUAGAGGAGGGUGAACCACCAGUGCUUGGAAAGACCUGGCGCACUUCAGUCUACAAGCAGGCAGUGACCAACACCUUCAUGGCCUGCGGCAUCCUCUACGCCACACGUUACGUCAACCAAGAGGUUGAGGAGAUCUUUUACUCAUUCAACCCCGUGACGGGACAGGAGAGGUUCAACGUUGGCAUCUUCAUGAAGAAGUUGGCUCCUAACAUUCAAGCCCUGAACUACAGCCCUGUGGACCAGAUGCUUCAUGCCUACUGUGACUCCUACAUGGUCUCUUACAAGGUGCAGUUUGAGUUACUGGAUAAUCAGUCCUGAAGUUAAAUACUGACUCCAGUAAUAGUUACUAAAGAAUAAAAACAAGCUUUGAAUUUGUGAAAAAUGACACAUACUAUACACAAUAUGCAUUAUCAAUUUACAUACUGAACCAAUUUAAUGUCUCUUUCUUUUUACUGUUUUCCUUCAAUAAAUUAAAAUCAUUAUA